AUGAUUUUUCAUCCUGAUUAUAUAAUGUCAUUUGAAAUCAUUGACUCUCCCCGUUACUUCGGGGGAAUGCAAAGCGACGUUGACGAGGAUGAGGAAUUAUAUGAAGAUAUGACUGCGGAAGCUCGCAAAGUCGCUGAGCGCGAACGUAAGAAGGAAGAAGUCAGAAAGCGUUUAGAGGAAGCCAGCCGUAUGAAGAAAGCUAAGAAAGGUUUCUUAACCCCAGAAAGAAAGAAGAAGCUCAGAAAACUUUUGAUGAUGAAAGCAGCUGAAGACUUAAAACAACAACAAAUGUUGAAAGAACAAGAACGUCAACGUAUCUUGCAAGAGCGUAUCAUUCCUCUUCCCGACCUCGAUGACUGUGACUUGGCUGACACAUACGAGCAAAUGAGAACACGUUUUAUUGAGUUGGAAAGUGAAAACUACGACAUCUCUUACCUUAUCCGUCAAAAAGACUUCGAGAUCAACGAGUUGACUAUUACUGUCAAUGAUCUUCGAGGAAAAUUCGUCAAACCAACAUUGAAGAAGGUAUCCAAGACUGAGGGCAAAUUCAACAAACUGAAGAAGAAAGAGAACUCCAAAGUCAAUUUCCGUGUCAAUCUUAAGCAAGUUGAUAAGAAUCAAUUUGCCAUGAAGGAGGAAGAACCAGAGAAGGGAAAAGCCAGCUAUUCAAGCCAUUGA